AUGCUCAUGUCAAAAACUCAGCUGUUUCCCACUGAAAAUAAUUUGGAGGGCAUAGCAGUUGCCAUCAUCAGACUGCAGGAACUCUACAGACUAGAUCCAAAGGACAUGAUUGGGUUAGAAAGUCAGUCUUCCCUGGACCCAGACGACUGUUUCCAUGUUGCAGUGAUUGCUCACCAGAAUCAGCAGUUCCAGUGUGCCAUUCUCUGGACUCAGGAGACCAUGAGGAAGCUCCAAAGGGGAGAAGAAGCUUUGGUGACGAAACAGGAAGUUCAAAGUCUUCUUACCUCUGCUCAGUUUCAAGUAUCAAAACUGCCAUUUGCUAUUGGAGUAAUACAGCUAUUACUUGACAAUGAUCUUUUAAAGUUGAAGACUACACUCCAGCAGCCUGCGUAUCCCAAGAGCCAGCUAGAGAAUAUUAAAAACAGGGAUGGAAUGCAACACAUCAUCACUCCUUUUGACAUGUCUUCUCUUCAUCGUCCAUGGCGAAAUAAAUAUGAGGCUUUGUGUAGAGGACAGGGGAUCAAAAUGAACCCUAACAGACAGAAGAAACUGGUUUGUAGGUACACGACAGGUGGAAGGAACCCUCAGCUGAUAUAUGCCCCUGCUAAAGAAGAGGAGGAAUGGGAUGAGCCCCUCAUCCUCAGAUACCAUGAUGUCAUUUCCUUAAGUGAGAUGGAGGUCAUCAAAAAACUUACAAGGCCAAAGCUGAGCAGAGCUAAAGUUUCAGACCCAAUUACUGGAAAUCUUAUUUCCACGACAGUGCGAGUUUCAAAAAGUGCAUGGUUAUCUAAUGAUGAGAGUCCCGUGGUUGCUCGUGUCAAUCAGAGAAUCGCUGACAUCACUGGUUUGGAUAUGGUUACUGCAGAAAAACUUCAGGUUGCAAAUUAUGGCAUCGGAGGACAAUAUGAACCACACUAUGACUCAAGGAUGAGUGAUGUUGAAGUUGGUGGGGCCACUGUGUUUCCUGAUAUUGGUGCUGCACUUUCACCAAAAAUAGGUUCGGCAGUGAUUUGGUUCAAUCUACUAAAGAGUGGAGAAGAGGAUUCCAGAACCUUGCAUGCUGCAUGCCCAGUUUAUAUGGGCAGUAAGUGGGUUGCCAAUAAGUGGAUUUGCUGUCGGGGACAAGAGUUCCGGAGAAGGUGCACUUUGUCCAGUUCUGACUAAGUUUAAGAACAUUAAUG